AAUUGUGAAAGGACGCUGUCACUUUCAGAUUAGGAAACCAAAUCGCUUUGAAACGUUUAGUUACUGUUACGACCUGUUACCGAGCUAGAUACGUGUUGUUACCGGCGAACAACGAAAUGUAUGAGACAUUCCUUCGCUAAUCGAUCCCUGUCUGCGGCUUUGUCUUUAGUUUGAAGUUGCGGCGCGACAAUGAGCUGCAGUGAUCUCUGCCGUUAUUAGUGAGAAUUCGUUUAUUCGUUCGUUUUAUCUAUAAAACGAGGCGUUCCUGUUACAUGUGGGCUGGUUUUGAGAUACGGCGACUGGAGAGAAGGAACGGAACAGUGAACAGAAGUAGCGGUUGACAGGUGCAUUUGCACCGACUGGUGCGGUGGAGAGAUGCCGGUCCAAAGAACGAUGUCCGAUCUCCGUUCCCGAGUGGAAGGGUAUGAGAAGGCAGAGGACGCCUCAGAGAAGACUUCUUUGGCUGAUCAGGAGGACGCCAGGCUGAUUUUCAUCAACCAGCCGCAGCUCACCAAGUUCUGCAGCAAUCGUGUCAGCACUGCGAAGUACAAUGUCCUCACAUUCCUGCCGCGGUUCCUCUACUCCCAGUUCAGGAGGGCAGCCAACUCCUUUUUCCUCUUCAUCGCUCUCCUGCAGCAAAUUCCGGACGUGUCCCCCACGGGGCGCUGGACCACCCUGGUCCCCCUGCUCUUCAUCCUGGUGGUGGCAGCUGUGAAGGAGGUCAUCGAGGACCUGAAACGCCACAACGCAGACAACGUUGUGAACAAAAAAGAAACACAAGUGCUGAGAAACGGCGCUUGGGAGAUAGUCCACUGGGAGAAGGUGGCGGUCGGAGAGAUAGUGAAAGCCACCAAUGGGGAUCACCUCCCUGCAGACCUCGUCAUUCUGUCGUCCAGUGAGCCACAAGCUAUGUGCUACAUUGAGACCUCAAAUCUGGAUGGAGAGACCAACCUUAAAAUUCGACAGGGUUUACAGAUCACGUCAGAAAUCAAGGACAUCGACAGCCUGACCAGGCUGGCCGGGCGCAUGGAGUGUGAGAGCCCCAACCGCCACCUGUACGACUUUGUCGGAAACAUACGCCUGGAAGGCCACAGCACCGUGCCUCUUGGCCCAGACCAGAUCCUGCUAAGGGGAGCCCAGCUGAGGAACACGCAGUGGGUCCACGGUAUUGUGGUGUACACCGGCCACGACACGAAACUCAUGCAGAACUCCACACGCCCGCCCCUGAAACUGUCCAACGUGGAGCGCAUCACCAACUUCCAGAUCCUGGUUCUGUUCGGCUGCCUGCUGGCCAUUUCCCUGGUCUGCUCUGUAGGGCAAACGAUCUGGAAGGCCCGGCACGGAAACGACGCCUGGUACAUGGACCUCAACUAUGGCGGCGCCGCAAACUUCGGCCUCAACUUCCUGACCUUCAUCAUCCUCUUCAACAACCUCAUUCCCAUCAGCCUUCUGGUCACCCUGGAGGUCAUCAAGUUCAUCCAGGCCUACUUCAUCAACUGGGACAUGGACAUGCAUUAUGAGGCCACCGACACUCCAGCUAUGGCGCGAACCUCCAACCUCAAUGAAGAACUGGGCCAGGUGAAGUACAUCUUCUCAGACAAAACGGGAACCCUGACGUGCAACGUGAUGCAGUUUAAGAAAUGCACCAUCGCAGGCGUGGCCUACGGCCACUGUCCUGAAGCUGAGGAUUGUGGUAUGUCAGGGGAUGACUGGCACACGUCACAGUCGACCGAAGAAGGGUUCAACGAUCCCAGCUUACUGGAAAACCUGCAGAACAAUCAUCCCACCGCUCCUGUCAUCCUGGAGUUCAUGACCAUGAUGGCCGUUUGUCACACCGCCGUCCCCGAGAGAACCGACGACAAGAUCAUCUACCAGGCAGCUUCUCCAGACGAGGGGGCUCUGGUGCGAGCCGCGAGGAACCUGGGCUUCGUGUUCUCGGGCAGAACCCCGGACUCCGUCAUCAUUGAAUCUCUUGGCGAAGAGGAGAAGUACGAGCUGCUCAAUGUGCUGGAGUUUACAAGCAACCGGAAGAGGAUGUCUGUGAUCAUGCGCACUCCUUCGGGACGGAUCCGGCUGUAUUGCAAAGGAGCGGACACAGUGAUCUACGACCGACUGGCCGACAGCUCCAGGUACAAGGACAUCACUUUGAAGCACCUGGAGCAGUUUGCCACAGAGGGGCUGCGCACGCUGUGCUACGCGGUGGCCGACAUCUCGCCGACGACCUACCGGGAGUGGCUGGAGGUGUACCAGCGCGCCUCCACAGCCGUCAACCGGAGGGCCAUGAAGCUGGAGGAGAGCUACGAGCUGAUCGAGAAGAACUUGCAGCUGCUGGGGGCGACAGCGAUCGAGGACAAGCUCCAGGACAAGGUCCCCGAGACAAUCGAGAUGCUGAUGAAGGCCGACAUCAAGAUCUGGAUCCUGACAGGCGACAAGCAAGAGACGGCCAUCAACAUCGGACACUCGUGUAAACUGCUGACGAGGAACAUGGGACUGGUAGUGGUUAAUGAAGACACUCUGGAUGGCACCCGGGAGACCCUGAGCCGACACUGCGGCAUGCUGGGAGACGCCCUGCACAAGGAGAACGAUUUCGCCCUCAUCAUCGACGGGAAGACGCUCAAGUACGCCCUCACCUUCGGGGUCCGCCAGUACUUCCUGGACCUGGCGCUGUCCUGCAAAGCGGUCAUCUGCUGCAGGGUGUCCCCGCUGCAGAAGUCGGAGGUGGUGGAGAUGGUGAAGAAGCAGGUGCGCGUGAUCACGCUGGCCAUCGGCGACGGCGCCAACGACGUGGGCAUGAUCCAGACCGCCCACGUGGGCGUGGGCAUCUCCGGCAACGAGGGCCUGCAGGCCGCCAACUCCUCCGACUACUCCAUCGCCCAGUUCAAGUACCUGAAGAAUCUGCUCCUGGUUCACGGUGCAUGGAACUACAACCGUGUGGCCAAGUGUAUCCUCUACUGCUUCUACAAGAACAUCGUCCUGUACAUCAUCGAGAUCUGGUUUGCCUUCGUGAACGGUUUCUCCGGACAAAUCCUGUUUGAGCGGUGGUGCAUCGGCUUGUACAAUGUGAUCUUCACAGCUCUGCCGCCGCUGACCCUGGGGAUAUUCGAGCGCUGCUGCAGGAAAGAGAACAUGCUGAAGUACCCCGAGCUCUACAAGACCUCCCAGAAUGCCAUGGGCUUCAACACCAAGGUCUUCUGGGCCCAUUGUCUGAAUGGCCUCUUCCACUCCGUCAUCCUCUUCUGGGUCCCGCUUCAGGCCUUCAAGCACGAUUCGGUGUUCGGAAGUGGAAGGACGUCGGACUAUCUCCUCUUAGGGAACAUGGUUUAUACAUUCGUGGUCAUCACGGUGUGUCUCAAAGCCGGCCUGGAGACUUCCUCAUGGACAAUGUUCAGUCACAUUGCCAUCUGGGGCAGCAUCGGCCUGUGGGUGGUGUUUUUUGGGGUGUACUCCUCCCUGUGGCCUCUCAUCCCUCUGGCUCCGGACAUGUCGGGAGAGGCGGACAUGAUGUUCAGCUCCGGGGUCUUCUGGAUGGGCCUGUUCUUCAUCCCCGUCACCUCCCUGGUGUUCGACGUGGCCUACAAAGUAGUGAAGAGAUCCUGCUUCAAGACCCUGGUGGAUGAGGUGCAGGAGCUGGAGGCAAAGUCCCAGGACCCUGGAGCAGUGGUUCAUGGGAAGAGCCUGACGGAGAGAGCCCAGCUCCUGAAGAACGUGUUCAAGAAGAGCACUGUCCCCAUGUACCGCUCCGAGUCCAUGCAACAGAACCUGCUCCAUGGCUACGCUUUCUCUCAGGAUGAGAACGGAGUGGUCUCCCAGUCGGAGGUGAUCAGAGCGUACGACACCACCAAGCAGCGGCCGGACGAGUGGUGAAGCCCCGCCCCCCUCGGGGAAAAACCAACCAUGAGAUGCCACGCUUCGAGGUGCUCGUUGGAGGGAGCCGACAGGAAGUGACAGUUUCGACCUUCUUGAGCAUUAAUUUGUCACGAAAAGAGGGGAGACAACAGAGGUGACUUGUGACGUGAGGAGGGAGGAAAACAAGAAACAAACAUUUCAGAAGUGUUCACUUUUCGUUGUUGUGGUUUAAGCAGACAUAAGCACUUUGCUUGCAUUCUGAGUCUGUGGUCAGAAGUUUCUCCCUGUUAUCACUCAGUCAAAAGGCGAGUUUUUCCGUUCUACUUUAUUUUUUUGUUUGUACUGUUGGCUCACGUCGAGUGUUUUUAAAAACAUACUCGGAGAGCUGAGCCGCAUAGCUCUUUUUAUGGUGUUAAUGGAAGCGUAAGAGCAAAUUGAAUUGCGAUGAAGGAUUCUUGACUUGGAUUCCCAGGUUGGAGGUGACGUGCAAAUGACAGACCCAAGACACAAAAGAAAAUUCUGUUUUUUUUUCUGGAGGAUCAAACAGUACUCCAUGAAAACUGAAACCUGUAAAUUUCUCAGUUUGAAGUCUAGGUUGCCAAAGAAAAAAAAAACAACAUGUGCAGCAUUUUGUCUCAACUGCGGCCUGUUAUUCACAGAUGUAGUUUUAACAGGAAAUAUAAAAAUCUCACUGAAAGAUUAUAUAUUUAUAAUAUCAGAAAGCCUACCGAAUCGUUCUCACACUCCAGAAUGGGAUUCUAGUGUUGAAAGAACCUCUUCAUUUCUAUAGUGUUCUUUUUUUGGUUGUGUUUUUUGCACUGUAACAUCUACAGUAUUAUGCCAAGGCCUUACAUGCAACAUUCUCUUUGCCUUUGGUCAUUUUAUUUGUAUUCGAGCAAUGGGUUGUCUUUGUGCCUGCCUGUUUGUUCACCUUCAAAGCAGUUGCAGAACUAUAUUUUCACAUUUGUACCAUUUUAUACACCACUUCAAUUGCUCUUUACUGUUAAUUUCAUUCCACGUGUUUCUUGGCUGCAAUGAUCACAACAGUGCCUAUUUGAAUAUUUCCCUAACAGAGAAUAUUUUGUGAUGUGAGUGUUGAUUACCGCACCAAAAAGGCAAGGCGAGAUUGUCGUGGAAUACCUUGCCUGUACACUUUGUGGCUGCCUGUGGGUCGGGGUUGCGUAGCGUGAAUUACAGGUGCUUUGUUGAUGGGAUGUCAGAGCAUCUUGUGACGCUGGUUUUAAAUGAGGAUCCAAUGACAGUAAUUGGGAGGGGGGGGG